GUAACAGCUUCCACACUCCUGCUGAUCUCAAGCACCUGCCUCUACAGUUGGUACAAAUGGCAUUGUCCCCGGCCACUCCCUUCUCAGCCACAGAGCUUCUCCUGGCCUCUGCCACCUUCUGCCUGGUAUUCUGGGUGGUCAGGGCCUGGCAGCCUUGGGUCCCUAAAGGCCUGAAGAGUCCACCAGGGCCCUGGAGCUGGCCCCUGAUCGGGCACGUGCUGACCUUGGGGAAGAGCCCACACUUGGCCCUGUCGCGGCUGAGCCAGCGCUAUGGAGACGUGCUGCAGAUCCGCAUUGGCUGCACACCCGUGCUGGUGCUCAGCGGCCUGGACACCAUCCGGCAGGCCCUGGUGCGGCAGGGUGAUGAUUUCAAGGGCCGGCCUGACCUCUACAGCUUCACCUUAGUCGCUGAUGGCCAGAGUAUGACCUUCAACCCAGACUCUGGACCAGUGUGGGCUGCCCGGCGACGCCUGGCCCAGAAUGCUCUCAACUCCUUCUCCGUUGCCUCAGACCCGGCUUCCUCAUCCUCCUGCUACCUGGAGAUGCAUGUGCGCAAGGAGGCUGAGGCCCUCAUCAGCAAGUUCCAGGAGCUGAUGGCAGGACCUGGGCGCUUUGACCCCUAUGACUACGUGGUGGUGUCUGUGGCCAAGGUCAUUGGUGCCAUGUGCUUCGGGCAGCACUUCCCCCAGAGCAGUGAGGAGAUGGUCAGCCUUGUGAGGAACACCCAUGAUUUCGUGGAGAUCGCCUCCUCCGGGAGCCCCGUGGACUUCUUCCCAUUCCUUAAAUACCUGCCCAGCCCUGCUCUGCAAAAGUACAAGAGCUUCAACCAAAGGUUCCUGCAGUUCCUGUGGAAAAUGGUCCAGCAGUGCUAUCAGGACUUUGACAAGAACAGAGUCCAGGACAUCGUAGGUGCCCUGUUCAAGCACUACGAGGAUAACUCCAGAGCUAGUGGGGGCCUCAUGCCCCAGAAGAAGACUGUCAACCUUGUCAACGACAUCUUUGCAGCCGGGUUUGAUCCGAUCACAACAGCCAUCUCCUGGAGCCUUCUGUACCUUGUGACAAAUCCUGAGAUACAGAGGAAGAUCCAGGAGGAGCUGGACACAGUGAUUGGCAGGGCGCGACGGCCCCGGCUCUCCGACAGAUCCCAGCUGCCUUAUUUGGAGGCCUUCAUCCUGGAGACCUUCCGACACUCCUCCUUCGUCCCCUUCACCAUCCCCCACAGCACAAUAAGGGACACAACACUGAAUGGCUUCUACAUCCCCAAGGAACGCUGUGUCUUCAUAAACCAGUGGCAGGUCAAUCAUGACCCGAAGCUGUGGGGGGACCCAUCUGAGUUCCGGCCGGAGAGAUUCCUCACUGCCCAUGACACCACCAUCAGCAAGGCCUUGAGUGAGAAAAUGAUGCUCUUCGGCAUGGGCAAGCGCCGGUGCAUAGGGGAGGUCCUGGCCAGGUGGGAGAUCUUCCUCUUCCUGGCCAUCUUGCUUCAACAGCUGGAGUUCAGCGUGCCACCAGGUGUGAAAGUGGACCUAACCCCUACCUACGGGCUGACCAUGAAGCCUGCCCCCUGCGAGCAUGUCCAGGCACGGCUGCGCUUCCCCAUCAAGUGAACAAGUUACCAGCAUUCUGAGGCAGAGGGAAGAGGGUGGAGGUCACUGAGGAGUCUUUGUUUCUUUGCUUUUCUUUUCUUUUUAACUAACAGCUUUAUAGAGAUAUAAUUCAUAGACCAUAUAAUUCACCUCCUUAAAGUAUACGAUCCAGUGGCUUUUAGUAUAUCACAGCGUUGUGCUAUCACACCACAAUCAAUCUUAGAAUCUUCUCAUCACCCAGUAAAGAAACCCAUACCCCUCAGCAGUCACUCCCCAUCUCCCCCUAACCCACCUUCCGUGCCCCGCUAGCGCUAGAAAACUACUAAUCUACUUUCUGUGUGUACAGAUUUGCCUACUCUGGGCGUUCCAUAUAAAUGCAAUUAUACA